CACUACAUAAGGCGGGGAAUAGGGACAUGAGGAGGGGCACGACGUAACCCGUUACCCUCGCCAUGACAAAGACAUACCAGAUCGCACUCCUCCCGGGCGAUGGGAUCGGACCCGAAGUGCUCCAGGCGGGCGUCGAUUGCCUGAAGGCGCUCAAGGGUGACUUCACUUUCGAAUUCACUACAUUCGACUGGUCGUCUACCAACUACAAGCAGCGGGGCUACUACAUGCCCGCCGAUGGCAUCGAGCAGCUGAGACGCCACGACGCGAUCUACUUCGGCGCGGUCGGCCACCAGGAGGUGCCCGACCACAUCUCCCUCUGGGGGCUCAUCCUCCCCAUCCGGAAGGAGCUGCAGCAGUGGGUGAACGUGCGCCCCGUGCAGAUACUGCCCGGCACGCAGAGCCCCCUGCGCGGGGUGGACAAGAUCGACUGGGUGAUCAUCCGCGAGAACAGCGAGGGCGAGUACGCGGGGCAGGGCGGGCGCUCGCACGUCGGGACGGCGUACGAGGUGGGCACGGAGCUCGCGAUCUUCACGCGCGUUGCGAUCGAGCGGGUGAUGCGCUUCGCGUUCGACACGGCGCGCGCGCGGGACAAGCGGCUGUGCAUGGUCACGAAGAGCAACGCGCAGCGGUACGGGAUGGUGCUGUGGGACGAGGUCGCGAACGCUGUGGCGAAGGAGUACCCGGACGUGAAGAUGGAGAAGAUGCUCGUGGACGCGAUGACGGUCAGGAUGGUCAAUAACCCUGACUCGUUGUCUACCAUUGUGGCGACGAACCUUCACGCCGAUAUCCUGAGCGACUUGGCUGCCGCGUUGGGCGGCAGUAUUGGUAUUGCGCCUUCGUCGAACUUGAACCCCGAGCGCAACUUCCCCUCAAUGUUCGAGCCCAUUCACGGUUCUGCAUUUGACCUAGUUGGGAAGGGGGUCGCAAACCCAAUAGGGGCCAUAUGGAGUGCGGUGGAGAUGCUGAACUUCCUUGGUGAAACAACAGCGGGCGAUGUCUUGAUGCGUGCUAUGGUGAAGGUCAGUGCGGACGGCGUCCGGACCCGCGACCUAGGUGGCCAAGCAGGGACCAAGGAUGUCGUUGAUGCCAUCGUGAAGGAGCUGGGACAGUUGCAGAGUAAACUGUAAUGAAUGCAGCGUUAAAAGUUACCGCUAUCAGGAUGUGUCAAAGCGAUGAAUAUUGACGUAUAGAAAUGGUCGAC